AUGACUGUCGCCGCCGAUUUAACCCAUCGAAGCUCGGCCCAGAGCCAGGUGGCUUUGGAGGAUCGUUUUGAAGUCCUCAAGGAAAUCGGAGAUGGAAGCUUCGGCAGUGUCGUUCUGGCCCGCGUCAGAACCGCUGGCGCCAAUGUAGCCCGUCGCGGUUCAGUGGUUGCAAUCAAAUCUAUGAAAAAGACGUUUGAUUCACUGACGCCGUGUCUGGAAUUACGGGAGGUGGUAUUUUUAAGGACCAUUCCAAAUCACCCGCACCUCGUCCCAGCACUGGACAUUUUCCUGGACCCUUACAGCAAAAAGCUGCAUAUUUGCAUGGAAUACAUGGAAGGCAACCUUUAUCAGCUGAUGAAAGCCAGGGACCACAAAUGUCUUGACAAUGCCAGUGUCAAGAGCGUGUUGUUCCAGAUCAUGCGUGGUCUGGAACAUAUUCACUCCCACAAUUUUUUCCACCGAGAUAUCAAACCAGAGAACAUCCUUGUUUCGACUUCAUCUCACCAGGAAGCGUCCAACUCAUUCCGGAGAUAUUCAGCCCUGGUAACCCCCCCGUCAACACCCCCCAACUAUACCGUCAAGCUUGCCGACUUUGGCCUGGCCCGAGAAACUCACUCGAAGCUUCCGUAUACGACAUACGUCUCUACAAGAUGGUACCGCGCACCUGAGGUUCUGCUACGCGCGGGAGAGUAUUCGGCCCCUGUCGACAUUUGGGCUGUUGGUGCCAUGGCUGUUGAAGUUGCCACCUUGAAGCCGCUUUUCCCCGGUGGAAAUGAGGUCGAUCAAGUUUGGCGAGUUUGCGAGAUUAUGGGCAGUCCCGGGAAUUGGUAUAACAAGGCUGGAGUACGCGUUGGUGGAGGAGACUGGCGAGAGGGAACCCGUCUUGCGAGCAAACUUGGCUUCUCGUUCCCCAAGAUGGCACCACAUGCCAUGGACACCAUUCUGCGGGCUCCUCAAUGGCCCGCCUCCCUCAGCGCCUUCGUCACCUGGUGCUUAAUGUGGGAUCCCAAGAACCGACCCACUUCCUCCCAAGCUCUUAUGCACGAAUACUUCAAUGAUGCCGUUGAUCCUACGCGACCCAAGUCAUCUGCUUCGAAGAUACUGGGCCGCAAGCAAUCUGAUCUUGGCCGCACCGUCAAAGAAUCUACCAGCACGACUCAGAUCGCGUCCUUACCCUCUUGGUUCCGAAAAUCCCUGAUUGGCCGUAGCGAUGUUACAGAGCCAGCCGUUGUUCAAGCCCCCAGCAAGGAUGCUCCCAUCCCUAGGCCUUCUCCUGUGUCGGCUGCACCGCCUGUUGAGGCUCCCGCCGCCAAGGCGCGAGCUCCUCCAGCGGCAAAGCGCAGUACCUGGACAAACGGCCUUUCUAACGUGGCUCCCAUGCCAAUUCUACCUACCAUUAGGCCGAUUUCACCACUUUCUGAUGCCGUCACUGCUCGAGCCAACAACGGCCAAGCUGAAAUCAAAACAAAAAAGCUUGGCAGACAGCUCUCUGUCGCUUCCAGCACCAAUGGCUACACUGAGAUGCACCGCCAGCAGGCUGAGCGUGCUCUUAAUGGCGAGACGGGUCUCGCCUCGCCCCCUAGCGGUCAUAAGGAAAGCUUCUUCUCACAUCUUCGAAAGCGAGCCAGGCGCUUCUCAGGACGCCACCAGACGCCUGUAUCUCCCUCAUACGAAGACAUGGAAGCGCAGAUUGGCUGCGGCCCUUGGGCAAGUAACAGGUCUUCAAUGGUGGUUGAUCAACAGGGCGGGCCUAUUCCCAAGGCCGAAGUGUACGAUUCUUUGGACAAGGCUCUCCGGGAUGUCCAGGGCAACCUGGAUUCGCGAUCCGCAUUGCCUGCAAGCCAUCAACCCACAUCCAACGGCAAACUUAAGAGACACCACUCUCUCCCUCAUCAACAGCCCAGGUCUGUGGAUAACCUGAUUGGGGCUGCCCGUGCUGGGCCAAUUUCGAGUCGCACGCGACGGGCGCAGGCAGCUCAUGGUGUACAGCAGUACGAGGUUCCCGAUGAAGAAGAUGAGCUCCUCGAUGAGGCCCUGACGUCUGCUCGACGGGCCAUGCGACACAUGGAUGGAUCUGCGAAGCCUCUAAGGCAAUCCGCUAGCAAUCUUGGCUUAGCAACCCCCCAUCCUUACCCAAGCCCUUCGCCAUCUGCGAGUGGCAGUCAGGUCCUGUAUGGGGACGGCCAGGAAGCUUUGACUCCUAAGCCCUUGGAUCUCGGCAAGAAAUCCUACAACCAGUACAAGUGGCCCACCCCACCUUAUGAAGGAAGCGAAUGGGGAGCGUCUGCAUCAGCGAGUAUCUGGGCUGCUGGCAACAGAUUUUAG